GAAAGGCGGAAAUAAUCAACCCGCACGCAACAAGUUUCACAACUUUACAUUCAUAGUGUGAAUUUCACACGCGAAAAUGAAAAAGGCAAAAGCCAAUGACAUUUUUAGAUCCAGAUAGGCUAAAAGUAAAAGCCAGAGAACGUUUCAACCCUUUCAAGAACGACUGGCGGGGCGAUAGGCCUAGACCUAGCCUGGAAUCUGGACUUAAGAUCUUAAAAAAUCCAGCCUAAAUCUAGUCUAGAAUCUAGGGACGAAAGGUCUGUCAACAACACUAGACUAGAUCUAUAAUCUAGAUCUAUAUCUAGAUCUAUAUAUCUAUAUCUAGAUCUAGAUUAAUCUAGAUCUAGAUCUAUAUUUUAUAGAUCUAGAAAAUCUAAAUGGCAUCUGCAUCUCACACAAAUUAUUUCAAAGAAAAAUGCAUGCUGAAAGAAGAGGAGAACACUUUAGUUGAGAUGUUAGACAAAUUUAAAGACCAACUCAACAGACUCAAGAUUGAGGAACUGGCCUUGAUGAGUUUGAUGAAGAUGCAAAACUCAGUGAGCCAUAGUGUGCCCCAACAUGGGACAAGCACCUCUGAGCCCAGCAGAUCGUUGGACACGGCGUCGGAUGUCAACAGUGUGUCAUCUAUGAUACCCAUUGGGACGGUGGAGCACUCGGCCCCAGACCACCAUGAGGUGCUGGAUCUGCGCGUGGAUGCGGAGCUGUUGCACAGAGUCCCCAGAAGCAUCGACAACUUUGAGGAAGAAAUGGAGGAGGAAGAAGAGGAAGAAGACAGUGAUGAGGAUGGAGAGAUUGUGGAUGACUAUGCCUUCAUGGCUGGUCAGUGAUGGUCAAACUGUUCACUAGUGACUGCAAACAACUGCUUUUCCACCAUCAGUGACAGUGACAGUAAAUUUUUGCAACACUGACAGUCAACAAUAGCUUGUCCAUCACUGGUGACAGUCAACUAUAGCCAGUCCUCCAGUGACAGCCAACAAUAGCUUGUCCACCAUCAGUGGUGGCCAGACUCUCACCCAGGGAUGGUCAACCAGUCCAUGAGUGAUUGUCAGCCUACUCACUAGUGACAGUUGCCAGUCCAGUGUGCCAUAUAGCCUGUCUACCAGUGUUUGUCAUGUAGCCCUGUCCUCCACCAGUGACAGUUAUAUAGCCCUGUCCUCCACCAGUGACAGUCCAUGUAGCUCUGUCCACCACCUGUGACUGUCGUGCAGCACUGUCCACUUGUGAUAGUCAUGCAACCCUGUCCACCAGUGUGGGUCAUGUAGCCCUGUCCACACCAGUGACGGUCAUGUAUCCCUGUCCAUCACCAGUUACGGUUAUGUAACCCUGUCCACCACCAGUGUCAGUUAUGUAGCCUUGUUCAACACCAGCUAUGGUCUUGUAGCCCUUUCCACCAGUUUUAGUUAUGUAGUUAUAUAACCCUAUCCACCACCAGUGAUGGUUGUGUAGCCCUGUCCACCAGUGACAGUCAUUUAGCCCUGUCCACCAGUGAUAGUCAGCCUGUCCACUGGUCAUAAUCAUAAAAGUAAUAGCUCUGUUUGUCAUUUUGUUGUGUGAGAAAUCUCCUUUAGUACUAGAACAGCAUCUAUAACUUUGCAGCUGUUACAUCAAAUUUUACCAUUCUGGUCCACUUUUGCAAUCUGAAAAAAACCUGUGCUUAUGUCUAUUCGCUUUAUGGUGAAUAGUUUUUAUUCAAAUAUUAUUAGCUGGAGCUGCAUUUUCUGAGACCUGUAAGAAUGAAUUUGUAUGUUGUGGGUGUAGCCGGUCAGUAGCCUACAACUUUGCCUACUAUGUGUGAAUACUAGUGUGAGUAGGCAAGAGAGGCUGUCCUCCUGAACUGGCUGGAGGGAGUAGUGUAAAUUAGUAAUAAGACAAUGGCGGUUUCCCUUCCUUCGGCCUGCUAUUAAAAUCUGGGAAUUGCAGUUUUUGAGGAGUCUACGCAUUAAAAGUAAAACAGAUGACGGCAUUGACAAGAUUGAAAUGAAAUACUGUAUAAUCUGCUUAUAUCGACAUGCUUUGGGAAGUGGAUUUGAUGUUGAUAUAUAAAAAUGUCGAUAAAUGAAAAUAUGAAGCCAAAAGAGGAAAAAAACAAGGGGAGGCUAGCGGUAAAAAGACAACUCUACUUUUUAAGCUGGUUGCUUCCCUUGAUUCGUACUUACCGACACAGUUAAAUAAACAAGAGGCAGAGGGGAGGGGGGAUUGGAGUUACCGUACCAAAGACCGAGCAACGCAAGGUGCACACUACACACCUGUGCAAACUUUGUUGAAGCACUGUUCUGUGUUGGAGACUACACUGUGUAGGCCUUACAUGACCUACUAAAGCCUGGUGUGUCAAAUAGGCUACUUGGUGGGUAUGCAGACUUAAUGAAGAACUAAUGUGUUGACCGUUAGGAUGGCUUCCCCCCCCCCCCCCCCCCAUUUAUGUUCGUGGGCUUCGUCAGGUACCCGGAAGCAUGUCGAUAAAGCAGAGUGAGCCGAAAAAAAAAGCUGAUAUAAGAGAAAUUGUUAAGUGAAGACAUUGAAGGAAAGAUUUCGUAAUUGGAAAAUAUGUCGAUAUGUCAAAAUGUCGAUACAUCGGCUGUCGAUAAAAAUAGAUUAUACUUUGAUGAAGCAGGCCAUUCCAGUGUGGUUACUGACCACUUGCAGGUUGUUUAUUAUGAAUCGGGCAUAUUUAAUGUUUAAAGUUGCCGCAGUUGUCUAUGAUUGUGGUACUGGUACUUUGAAACUGUGCAUACACAGUUGAUGCUAAUAACGUGAAUGAAGAAAAGUCAUGAUUUCUUUUUCCCCCCCCCGUCUAGUAUGAUCUAGAAUAAGGCCUGGGUGGGGGAUGUUUUUGCGUUAUUAAGUUAAAAUGAGUGGGAAAGAAGAGUAGAAUAUUCUGAAUGCCAGUAUUUGUGUCUGGUUUUUGGGAAGGAAAAAAGAAGGAUUGCUAUGUUUUUCUGCCCUAGAGGUGGAUGGCAGGGUUGUACUUCACACUGUCUUUUUUGCCCGAUGAAAAUCUCUAGUGGAUGUUACAGUCUCAAGUAUAGACUGUCAUCUCUGUACAUACAAGACUGCAAAAGUUGUGUAGUGCAUUUUUCAGAAUAGUAGUAAUAAUAAUGCAGAUCAUUUCUAUAGUGCCCAUUCAUGUGUGAACACAGCUCUAGGUGCCUUACAUAAAUGCACGUAUGAACAGUAUUCACAUACUACAUAUGCACACACACACACACACACAUACACACACACACACACACACACACACACACACACACACACACACACACACACACACACACUCACGCAUACAUUACACGCACGCACGUGCACACACAUGCUUGCCACACACACAUAUCUACUUGCGUAUCACACGUGCACGCUUAACAUAUCGUUACAAAAUGAGCACAUACAAAAUAAUAAAAUAAUAUACAAAAAGCAAAAUACACAAAUGAAUACGUAGUCAUUUUCUUUUACGUAACAUUGUACCAAACUUGAAUCUACUGAUAUGAAAAUGAUUUAAUUAAAUGUGUCUUAAUUUAAUAAAGAUAUUUUAAGUUUA